ACAUAGAGAGUGACGGCAGCCAAUGCUGGAUAAAAUUGAAAACAACCAACAACUUUUCAGUUGGAUCGCUGCAAGAAAUAGGCAAAUCUAUUUUCACACUCUGUCUUUCGUCCUGGGGAUUUUUUGGUGGUCUGUUGGGGGGAUUAUUUUAACCCCAGGAGAGUAAGCCUGACAUCAAGAUAUCUGUUACGGACAUAUCUAUUUAUACUUUUCUUUUUUGUUAAUGUCGGAACAGUGAUGUGAAUACAAUACAAUUCCAGGAAUCCACCACUUCCUGGAAUAGAUUAAAAGGGAGCAAACAAAAGAUUACUUAGUAGUGGUUCCCCCCUCCCAGAGCUUCAAGAUUACUUCAAGAGCCAGCGUCGAGGCGAGCUGCUACUCUCUCCGCUCACUUCUUCCGUACGUUUAGACUGAGAGAGAUUAUUUAUUGAGAUAUAUUUAUUAUUUUUCUCAUUCUCGUUUUUACUGGCGAUUUCGUACGCCACCGAGAAGGAGAUUUGUUUCCUUCUUAACUAUAUAUAUUUUCUUUUACCCAGGUAAUUUAAAAAUUGUUGUUACUAUAUUUUCACCUCAGCAAGAAUUCAAUGGAAAACGGCUACGGUCACGCACCUAUUCCUGCUCGUAGCUUGCUGAGUAAAGACUUUCUGGAUACCCCAAGUUUGCUUUUCAGUGAGUGAUCUCCACGGUGCUUUUGAGAAGGCUUGCUGGGAUACAUCCAGCCCUUUCUCUCCCAGUCACUUACCGACCGAUUGUGGUACCUCCUGUUUGGAAACAAAGACGACCAUAAAGAAGAUAAGCAAAGGAGGGAGAGCUUUUUCCCUGGGUCUCUGAAGACUUGAUGCUCUUUUCGUGGUCCUGGAGUGACAUGAUCGUCUGUGUUCAAAGAUCCCAUCCUUUGCUGGCAGAGGAGAAGAUCAGGAGACUAUCGCUUGGGGGCCUUGCAGUGAAUUUGUCAGAGCAGGCCAUGCAGCCUCUAUCGGUCGCACCCUUCCAAGAAGAGUCUGCUCCCCCCUUCGUGGUGCCCACACCUGAGAGCAACCCGUCUCAAACACGAGACCCAGAAGAGGAUCUGCUAUGCAUUGCCAAAACAUUUUCAUAUCUGCGAGAAUCUGGUUGGUACUGGGGCUCUAUUACAGCCAGUGAAGCCAAGCAGCAGCUCCAGAAGAUGCCUGAGGGGACUUUCCUGGUACGGGACAGCACUCAUCCCAGCUACCUGUUCACCCUCUCAGUCAAGACCAACCGAGGCCCCACCAAUGUGCGCAUUGAAUAUGCUGACAGCAAGUUUCGGUUAGACUCAAACUGCCUUUCCAAGCCUCGUAUUCUGGCCUUCCCAGAUGUGGUCAGCCUUAUCCAGCAUUAUGUCCUGUCCUGCACUGUGGAGAGCAAGAGUGAUGCACCUUACCCACCUCCCAUGCCUUUGCCUCCUGUGCAAAAGGAGGUGGCAGUGUCAGCUGUGCACUUGAAACUCAUCCAGCCGCUCAGGCGCAAGGACAGUGCUCCCAGCCUCCAGCACCUCUGCAGGCUACAAAUCAACAGAUCCACUGCAGAAACAGACCAGUUGCCUUUACCAAAGAGAAUGAAUGACUAUUUGAAACAGUACCCUUUCCAGCUUUGAGGGCACUGCCACUUUUCCUCAGAUAGACUAUAGAAGCAGUUUUUUUUAAAAAAAAAAAUACAAUAAAAGCCUGACGGGACAGUGAUGGGGCUUUAUCCCACUGACAUGGUGUAGCACUAAGGGGCAGAGUAAAUAAAUGGCCAACAGAAGAGAUUGCGUCCAUGGUCCCCUCCCCUUAUUUUCCCCAGCUACCUAAUUUCAUUCCUGUGACAACGAGGGGGGUUUCUCUCUCUGUCUGACUGUGGCUUUGAGGAAACACUGGGCAUCUUUGAGAAAUCCUGGAGAACGGGAGAGGUGCCGGAGGAUUGGAGACGAGCAAACGUCGUCCCGCUCUUUAGAAAGGGUAAAAAAGAAGAUCCAGGGAAUUACAGGCCGGUCAGUCUGACUUCAAUACUGGGAAAGAUAUUAGAACGGAUAAUAAAAGAGUCCAUUGGCAACUAUCUAGAUGACAAUGCUAUGAUUAGAAGGAGCCAGCAUG